UCCUGUUUUGAAUGAGCACCUGAACUGUCUAGUAGCUAGCAAAUUAUUUAUCGCGAUUGAAUGUGUGUUUGGUUUAGACAUUUUUACCUACUUUAGUUGUGUCGUUAGCGUUAAAAUCCCCAGACGUGCAGAGAUCCUCUGCACGUGUCGGUAUGGACAGUCGUUGUUAUUGUUGUGCAUCCAAGUUUAGUCUCUUCAAGAAGGAGCUGGGCUGCAAGAACUGCGGACGCUCCUUCUGCUCCAGCUGCUUGACUUUCAGUGCUGUGGUGCCUCGCUGUGGCAACACCCAGCAGAAGGUCUGCAAACAGUGCCAUGGCAAUCUGACCAGUGGUGACUCUCAAGACAGUCCUGGUAGAUGGUCUCCUCCAGAAAAUUAUAAAAAACGGGUCGCUGCACUCGAGGCCAAACAGCAGGGACAGUCAACACAGCCUGCAAGGACCAGCAAAGCGGGACAUCUACCAACCAAAGGCCUGAGCAAAGAAGAUCAAGCGAUUGCUGAAAGGCUUCAAAAGCUCAAAGAGGACACAGUGCCAAAGUCUGUGCCCUCUGAGAAAGAGCUUGAGUGUCGCCUUGCUGCUCUGAAAGCUCCCAGUAAGCCAGUACCUUCUGCAGAAGAGAUGGAGGACCGUCUGGCAGCUCUGCAGGGUCUCUCUCCACCAUCUCAAGCUCCUCGACCUGUGCAUCGGCCUCCAGAUAACCGGAGUCAGACUGAGCAAGCCAAUGAUUUGAUAACUCAGAUGUCAGAAGAAGUUACAAUUGACAACCAACAAUCAAAUCCCGAAUGCAGUGUAGAUAGCCGUAUGAAUGAUCUCAACAAAGGUGAGGCAGGUACAUUGGAUGAGAAUUUGGAGGAGAACCAGGAUGCAGUCAAGCGGCUGGAGGCUGAGAAAGCCCAUCUGCUUGAGGAGGCUAUGGAGGAGCUGAGGAAUGAGCGUCACUCCCAGGAUCAGAUCCUCCACAUGGCAAAGAGGCUGGCACAGCUGAAGGGGCAGGACCCGGACAAAGUUACUAUGGAGGACUUCCAGCAACCUGACAGUGAAGAGGAGACUGAAGAAGAAGCUGUUAUGAGAGUGUUAAAACAGCUCUCAGAAGAAGCUGCAUUAGAUGAGGCCAGUGGCUACAACAUACCUUUAGAACAGAGUGGGCCGAGGAACAGGGAAAAGAAAAAAUCUUCCAAGAAACCGGCUCCAGUUCCGGCACCCAAGAGCAGGAAUUCACCAGCUGCUGAUGCACAUCAGCCAUCAGACAGUGAUGAAGAUGAGCUUCCGUGGUGCUGCAUCUGUAACCAAGAUGCCACCCUUCGCUGUCACACUUGUGAUGGAGACCUCUACUGCAACCUCUGCUUCAGGGAAGGCCAUGAUAAAUAUGACAGGAAGGAGCAUCGCACCACUAACUACACUGCGCCAAAGAAGAAGAGGAAGACAUGAUAGUGAGGCUGUGCUGCAGGUGAUUAUUAGUUAGACCAGCCAUCACUCUUAGACUUGUUCUUUAGCCUUAAGUGAUUUAUUUAUUAUUGUUUAAGUGACUUAUUAUUGUCUCUUUAACAGUUUAAAGAGUACCCAUGAUCUUAAACAAGCCAGAAACCAUCAUAACCUGUCAACUUAUUUUAUCCAGUAAUUGCUGAGGCUGAUCUAAUUGAAUGAAGCAUAUCAAAAAACAACUGGUAAUAUUUCUUGCAAAGUACAGACUAGAUAAGGACAUAAAUACGAUGUAAAUGCAAUAUAAUAUGCAUAAUAUCUUAGACAUAGUUUUUUUUUUUACUGUGGAAUGCAUAAAAUUAGACGUAUGUAACAUUUGCAGAGGCUGGUCAACAGCAAAGGUAUUCCAGCAAAACUGUGCGGCUGCUUCACAAAGAAAAACGGUUGAUCUGAAUAAGAAGCAUUAGGUUUAUUUUUAUUGUGACUUGUCCUACUUUCUUAAUGGCAACAAAGGCUUAUUUUAAGUGCUCGUUUGCACUUGUGAUCAUAUGAUGAUUUCUAGGUUUUUAUAACCCAUACAGAAAGCAGACGCAUCGUGAGCUCAUCUGGGAUGAUGUACAAUCCCAGACUGCUGUCAGCUCUGCACCGAAGAAGCACAGAGCAGUCAGUAUAAAAGGAUUACUAAGGGCUUUGUUUUCUUUUGGCAGUCACUGCAGUCACUCUUGUAAUCUAUGUUUGGCUGUGACUCUGUGUGUAAUUUCACUCUAAAUAAAGGAUAAGUGUUAGCCACUAUGUCACAUUUUUGAAAGAAUGCCUUUUUAACAUGAAAGCCUUAUUUUAUUUUAUUUUUAGAUCAAACAUAUUACUUUAAAAAUAUUUCAACCUGGCAGGCCUUGUUAGGGGUGUAGUCUUAUAGUAUGGAUGCCUUCUGUGUCAAAGAAGCAAAGAUUUGAAGCAGGAGAGAACCAUAUAAAUUACUACAGCAUAUAAAUUACUACAGAGGAGACCUCACCGGAAAGACCCCCUGUGUUUGACAGAGAGAAGGCCAGAGUGCAGUUUCAUCAGUGUGCAUUACUGUCCAGCAAACUGAGGAGAAACCAUAAUUACGCUCUUCUCCCGGGGCUUGCUCCAUUAAAGUUCGUACGGAGAGUGUUACUGUGCCUUUUGUGGCCAUGUCAUACGCGUACCCCCCCAGACAGGAAAUGGAUGAGGAUAAUGGAUGCAUACUUAAUGGAACAUCUUGCUGCUGAUCUCACUGUGUUUACGCCUACUCUUGACAUGUCUGAGUUUCCGUUUUCUAUCAAUUUGUUGAAAACAUUAUGCCUGAAAACACUACCUUAUAUUCUGGAAAUAAUAUGCUGACUGCCAUUCUGUAGGAAAGGAUGUCUGCAGACAGCAGGGCAAAAUCAUUAUCUGCAUUUCUGAGCCGUUAUAAAGAUCCAGGGUAGUUUAACUGCUACUGUAAACUGAUGAGUGUAAUGUACACGCCAAUAUUUGUUUGGAUGACCAGGAAUGAUGAUGCCUGAUGAAGCAUAUUUGUUCAUCACUCUGUUAAAAAUCAGAUGUGAUCAUUGUCUUGAAAAAGUUGUUUUUUUUUUUUUUGUUUGUUUGUUUUUUAAUUUUGACAACACUGUUAUCUGAACAAUUUAUGUACAUAAUUAGGCAACUGAAAAUGUACAGUCUUACACAAAAAACAGUCCAUCUGGGUAGUAGUCAGUACAGCUUUUAUCACAUGUGCAUUAUUGGUAUGUUAAUGGGAAACAAAAUGUUAAAGCAGUCCAUAAAUGAAAUUGA